AACUGGCGAUUCGUCGAGUGUCCAUUCUUUCCCGUCCCGACAGGUCCCCAAUUGACCCCCGCAUUUCAAGUCCUAGUCGUUGCCUCUUGCAGUUGGUUGCUCGGCCGAUUGGUUCCGACUCGGCAACCCCACUUCGCGAUGCACCGACCCGCAGAAAAGUUUCGAGGUCGUCGCCAAGUCGAAGGUGCAUUCAGUACCUCAACUUCGCAUCCCAAGUCAUCGUCACAUAGCCUCUCCGCCGUCGUCUUCCCUCUCUUGCGUCUCAGCCACCCUUACCAUGGCUGCAGUACGUCCUAAGGAGGGUGGCAAAUCUGUCGGCAGAGGGAAGGUCAACCGGCAUAACGCUUUGAAAUUGGAAACUACACCGCCCGAGAAUCCCGACGUGCCCAAUCGCUCAGGGUCGAAGCUGCCCAGGCCUUUAGGCCCGAGAUCCCGACGGAUACUCGCCCAAGAGACCUCAAGUCUGAUACGAAAGCGCAAUGAGCUCGACAGGGCGCUGCUUGUGCAGACCUUCCGACCCCUCGACCAGCUCAAUGCUACCGACUGGCUGCCCCGCGAGGAGCUCCUGAGACAAUGCGAGCAGAUGGUGAGCUUAGAGAAGGACUAUAUAAGGACCACAACCAAAGAGCUAGGCAAUAGAACGGCAUUCUACAAUCAUGAUCCUUCCAAGGAGCGGGCACUUGAUGCCGACUUCAUCCGAAACCAGCUCGGGAAGUUCAAAAGGCAUCUUGGGCCAUACCUGGCUGCUGCAGAGGAGGCACAUGGCGGGGACGAAGAAGGUGCCUCGUCUUCUGGCUCUACUUCGAGUACGAGUGAUAAGGAGGCCGAGUUGGCCCAGGGAAGGCCCUACGACUCUGGUCCCUCUCGGCCAGCCGGAGGAAACGCCGCAGACGGUUCAGCAGACCAUGGUGAUCCUUCCGUGGGCCUCGAUGGCGCUUUCGAUGACAUCAGGGAUUCCAGAAAGAGGAAGAUGAAUGGAUUGGACAGUGAAAAGAAGUCACGGAAGAAGGCGAGGAAGGAGCAGCCUUCUGACAGCUCGCAGUCAACCGCCCCCCAAAGCCAUUGUGCCCAGGCCGGCCCGCCUACAAGGUCCAAGGAUAUGGAGAGCUCGCUCGCACAAAUCUAUACCAGCAUGUCUCAGACCAAAUCAUCUCAGGCCAGUAUCAAUGGUGCCAUCAAGACGGAAAUCAAAGAGGAACCAGUCAAGACCACACCAACGGACGUGAUUGCGAAUGUCGAGCGAAAGCCACCGAACCCGUCAGCCACCACCACCACCACCACCACCACCACCACCAGCAGCAGCAAUAACAGCAGCAGCAACAGGAACAGCAUCAGCGACGGAGCCCUGAGGCCGUUCUAUCAGCGUCAUGCUAAGGCCAUGAUCCGACCCGACUUCGACGACCUAGUCUACGACCGGCCACAGCGCCGACGUGCGCCCAAGUCGAAGCAGAAGCGUAGAGCUUACCUUGUCUCUGGCGCCCUGCCUGUUCCCCAUCUUCCGAGCCCAAGGCCAGAGAAGCCCAAGGCACGAAGUGUGUCGACAGAUGGACCCUAGAGGGGAACGAAAAGUCAGUCUGGCGCGAAGACUCGCAGAGUCGAGCUCCAAUCCGGAGGAGCCUGUUGGACUGAUGCUCUCGAGACUAGACGGAGGCGAUACCCGAGGUGGUCCAGGAGGCAGCGGUCAAAGGGCUAAAUCCCCCCACGUCAAGGAAUUGGGCCGACACCCGUCUUUGGCCAUGACUCGGGAGGGUGCAGCUGAGAUCAGAGACCAGCAUUGUGGCCCACGAGAGGUUGGUCACAAUCGAUGAGAACCCGCUUGUUUCAUGGUGCCAACGUGCCUUAGUUAUUCAGCUGCGGUCUGCCUCUUGGUUUCUCAUCGUGCUGGAAGUGAAGCGAAACGUAUAAGAUACGGGUGGGACUGCGUGAUGCAGACUGGAUGUGGAGCAAUACACGAGUGAGGCGUGUGACUGGUAUAGACCACGCCUUCUGAAUUCGCAUUGCGAGGAGUUGUGGCUAAUAAGGGAUGACAACUGCAUAUUUUUGGAGUCAGAGCAUUUGCUGGAAUUCUAUCGUCGGCUUACCUACGGCAGAGAGUGACCUCUCGCGCAUGUAGGUAAUGUGAGCUAACCAUGUCUGAUGUGCCAGGUCUGAACGGUCGCUCGAGGGCUGGCCCCGGACAAUACGACACUUGGGUAGAGCCUAACAUGCGGUGUCCUUGAGUUGGACGGUGGCAACUUAGUUGUGGCACACAAGACUUGUUCAGAGCCGUUUCUUGUCGAGGUGUCUGACAUGCGCGAGUCGAAUAGAAGAGCGGGUGCUCAACGGGGCUGCCUAGACUCGACGCCACCAACCUCCUCUGCCUGGCGACACCCACCCAGACAAGAGUGCACAGUGACAAGGACCGAACGAUCCCGUAAGGCCGUGCCCACCUUCGUGCCAGACACCGUCAGACCGUCAACUCGAAGCUGUUUCGAAAGGCGCAAGACCCGCGUCGAUUGUGGCGAGAACAGCGUAUGGCUAGGCGACCACCUGGUCAUCCAGUCCGAGGCCAGCCGGUUGACAGAGCGACCAUUCCGCCUUCUGUCUGGCCUACAUGGACGUACAUAUGCACAGAUGGCGCUCGAAUAUCCAGGCACAAAUGGCGCAGGCGUACGCCCGCAUAGACAUCCACAGACGCAGAGAUCCAGACAUCCAUGCCAAGCUGUAUGAUGUGCAGCGAAUCAAGGCGAACCAACACUAUGACAGCCGCCCAAUGAUGGGACGGCGCGCCCCAGCCGCCCGGCCGCGGGACGCCCUUUCGGGAAAUCCCAUCAAGGCCGGUCACACGCCCGGCCGCGAUGCACCCGGCUGCUCCCACCUACCGCCAGGAGAGCGAGCUUCUCCGCGACCGUGGUAUCUCUGCCAGAUGCUCUCUCCGCAUGGCUGUCCACAUCGUAUUACAUGUUCCACAACAGACGACAAUCGGGCCAACCCAUUCUGAUCAUUCCUUCCCCGGCCCAGAAGGGAUUGAAAAUCAACAAGGCCUGGGCAAAAUCCGGCAAAACGUCCCCACGGGACCAAAUGAAUGGACGGGACCGGGGGGGGGGGAAGCUAGCUGGACACCACCCACGCCUGACCGAAACCCCCAUCCCACACACCUAAGCUUCACGCCCUCCUUCCCACGGGGCCAAGUGUGGUUUGGUGAGCUGAUAGUUAAUCAUUGCUAUCGCCUAAUGGCCAAUCCCCGGCCAAGGCGCGUCCAGGCGGCAUUCUGGGCCGCCCGGCACCCAGGGUUAUCAAGCGCCGAGGAGGGCUUCUCCCGCGCCGGCCGAGGGGUUGGAGACGGAGGAUGGGGGUCUCUGGCUGGAAGUUGGGGGUUCGCCGAGCCGGUCGGUCCAGUAGAUGCAUUGGAAGAGUCAGUUACUGCGGAGCAUCCGACUUGUGACUUCGCACGUACUAUGCAUUAACGAGGCAUGCUUUGUG